UCGGUCGCCGGACGUCAGCUCAGCUGCCAACUGCCAACUUCAUUCAGUUCCUUUCUGGCUGCCGUCGAACGUUGUCGUCGUUCGGUUGAAUCGAAUCGAAAAGCGCAGCUCGCCAAAAAGCCAGGCCAAAAUCUCAAAGCCACGGCUCAGUGAAACAGUUAUCAGAAAUUUUCGAAAAAACGCGUAAAUAAUUUUCGAAAAAAUAAACACCAAACAGCAGCAAGCAACCAAUUUCAAGUGGCAAAGUUAAACAAACGAAGCAAACAAACCACAGCACAUUUUUUGGAUUAAGUGCCACAUAGUUCCUGUUAGCAGCAGCAACACACACACAACAACCACUUGGAUUACUAUAAACAACAGUAUUAUCACAUAAAACUAGCACAAAAAAAUCGCUGAAAUUUUCUUCAACAAAAUUAAAUCGUUUUUAAACUACAACAAUUUGCUAGGCAACCAAAAAAAAAACAAAUAAAUAAAUGGAAAAUAUAUAAAGAGAAGAGAAAAACGAAAACAACAAACUUGUGCAACAUCCCAAAACAAAUGUGAAAGCGUGACAAACAAACAAAAGAUACGAAAAACAAAUGAGCAAAAAGUGAACAGAAGUGAAAAGUAAGAAAAAGUGAGUGUUUGAAAAUGCUGCAGUGAACCAUUUCGAAGCACAGAAAUUAACAAACGAAAAAACAGCCAGCAACAAUUUUUAAUAAAUCCACAACAACAGCAGCAACAACACAGAGAGACAAGUGUUGUUGUCCCAUGUAUUUGUUGAUGCCAUGCAAUUGAUUGUUGACAAAAUUCCCAUGUAUUCCAAACAAACAACGAAGCGCAAUUCCAAAAAGUAAGUUUUGAAGAACCUUUCAAAGAAUUGAAAAUUGAAAUUUGAUAAACAAACUGCAAAGCAAACAGUGAAAAGUGCCCAAACCAAAGCAAACAAACAAACAAGCAAGCAAACAAACAGCAAACCAGAAGAAAACCCCUUCUAGUGAACUGAUAAACUGAUAACAGCGGCGAAAGAGACAGCAACAAGCCGGGGGAGAGAGAUAGCGUUCCACAGCUGCUGCUGCUGUCGCUUCUUCCUCUUCUUCACGUGGUGCACCUGUCCCAGCCAAAAAAAAAAGAACAGCAACAACAACAGCAACUACAACUUUAACAUCAACUACGAACAACAAUAAUUUACACACCACGCGCUGUUGCCAUAAAACCCAAAAGAAAAAGAAAACUUAGGAAAAAUGAUGAAAUGAACCAGCAGGCGGGCUCCUCAAGGGCGCCAGCCACCGGGGGCCAAAUCUCACCGCCAGGUGCCACAACAGUCGGCGUGGACCAGCAGCAGCACUUGCAACAGCAGCACCAGCAACAGUACUACAACCAGCAGCAGCAGCAGCAACAGUACCAGCAACAGCAGCAGCAUCAGCGCGACAACUUCCUAGCCUACCAGCAACAACAGCAACAGCAGCAACAACAGCAGCAGCAGCAGCAACUCCAGCGAUCGGGAGGCGGCGGUGGUAACUUUAUGCUGGGCAAUGACCUGGUCGGCGGCGACAGCCUGCGCAGCCUGAACAACACCUUCGGUCCCAACUCGGAGUUCACGUCGCUGGGAGGCGCCAACAGCUCGGCAUCCUCCUCGCUGAGCGGACUGAGCAGCUCGAGCAGUCAAGGAUACACGGGCAUGGUUGCUGCCAGCCAGCAGCACCAGCAGCAACAGCCACAUCACCACCAACAGCAGCAGCAGCAGCAGCAGCAGCAGCACAUGGGCAGCAUGGAUGCCAUGGGUGGUUACAGUCAGAUGGGUGGCGGCAUGCACCCUGGACCCAACAGCGGCAUGAUGGGCAACAUGAAUGGCCAGUACAUGAACGGUGGUUCCGGCCAGGGUGGCUACAAUGGAGCCCAGGGCAUGGGCAUGGGCUACGGCGGUGGAGGCAGCAUGGGACCCCAGAGGCAUCAUCAAAUGACGCCCAUGAAUCAGAUGCAGAAUAUGUCCAUGGGCCCGGGAGUCGGUGGCAGCGGCGGCAUGGGCGGCGGCAUGAAUCCUCUCCAGCAGCAGGCGGCGCAGCAGCAAAUGGGCGGCAUGAAUCCGAUGGCCAAGAUGCAGGGCAUGGCCAAUGGUGGAUAUCCCCAGCAGGCGCCACCCAGUCUCACCCAGCAGCAGCAGCAACAACAGCGACGAAUGGCCCCCUAUCCACACCCCCAGAUGCACAUGGCCCAGAAGAGGGCGGCUGCGGCCGGAGUGGGAGGAGCGGGCGGUAUGUACCCGGGCAAUCCCAUGCAGCAGCAGCAGCAGGCGCAGAUGUACGGCAACCAGCAGAUGCAUCCCGGAUCCGGCGGUGGAGUGCCACUGCCCAUGCAGGCGGGCGGAGCUGGCAAUGGUUACGGACGCAGUGGACCCAUGGGCGCCGGCAAUGGAGGCUACGGCCGUAUGUCGGCGGCCAAUGGCAUGGGUCCCAACGGUGGACCAGUAAUGGGACCCAUGGGUCCCGGUGGCAUGACCGCUGGAGGAAUGGGUCCCGGUCCAGGGUGCAUGAGCCAGCAGCGCUUCAUGCCCCAAGGAUCCGGCGGCGGCGGAAUGCCCGGCGUGGGCUAUGGUGGCGUCGGAGGAGGAGCCGCUGCCCAUCAGGGUCAGUUCUAUCCGGGCAGUGGCCAAAGUGCUGGAAUGCAGCAGGCAGGUGGCAUGUGCCCGGCUGGUCCGGGCGCCGUGGCCACCACCGGCAAUCCCUACCAGAAUCAAGGUUUCCAGCAAAACUAUCAGCACAGUCCAGUUCCUGGCAAUCCCACGCCACCGCUGACGCCCGCCUGCAGUGUGCCCUAUGUCAGCCCCAAUCCGGACAUCAAGCCACCCAUGGACAACAGCGAAGAAAUGAGACUGACAUUCCCGGUGCGCGACGGCAUCAUCCUGGCUCCUUUCCGCCUGCUGCACAACCUGUCGGUCAGCAACCACGUGUUCCAUCUGAAGCAGAAUGUCUACAACACGCUGAUGUGCAGAAACGACUUGGAGCUGCAGCUGAAGUGCUUCCACCAGGACGACCGGCAGAUGAACACCAACUGGCCGCACACCGUCACCGUCUCCGCGAAUGCCACGCCCCUGAACAUCGAGCGGUCCGAGAAGAACAGCACCGCCCUGCGACCGCUCUACUUGAAGGCCGUGUGCCAGCCGGGCAGGAAUACGCUCCAGCUGACCGCCAGUUCCUGCUGUUGUUCUCACCUGUUUGUGCUGCAGCUAGUCCAUCGACCAUCGGUGCGCCAGGUGCUGCAGACGCUGCACAAGCGCAAUCUGCUGCCGCUGGAGCACAGUGUGCAGAAGAUCAAGCGCAAUCUGAGCCAGCCGGAGGCGAGUGCUGGACCGGAUGCCACGUCCCAGCAGCAGCAGCAGGGAGGUGGGCAACAGUGCGCCAAGAUCUCAUUGAAGUGCCCCAUCACCAAGUCACGGAUAAGACUUCCGGCCCGGGGACACGAGUGCAAGCACGUGCAGUGCUUCGAUUUGGAGGCGUAUCUGAUGAUCAACAGCGAGCGGGGAUCGUGGCGCUGCCCGGAGUGCAGCAAGUCGGCGAUCACCGAUACCCUGGAAAUCGAUCAGUACAUCUGGGCCAUACUCAACACACUGGGCAACUCGGAUGUGGAUGAGGUGAUCAUCGAUUCAUCGGCCAACUGGCGGGCGCUGCAGCACAAUGGCGGCAUGCCCAAUGCACCGCCACCCUCGAAUGUUCCUAGCAAUCCCAGUGGCGUCAGCGGAUCCGGCAAUUCCGGCAACGGAAGCGUCAACCCCACCCUGCCGGUCAUCAAACAGGAACUGUGCGACGACAUCGCCAAGGUCAUGUCGCCGGGAUCCACCCAACUGCCCACUUGGGACAGUGCGCAGGCCAUGAGUCCCUACAACAUGCACGACAUGAACUCCAUUGCCAGCGGCAACAUGAUGGGCAAUGGCGGCAACACCAACCAUGGCAAUCGCAGCAGCUACGACGGCUUCAGUGGCAACCACAGCGAUGGAAGCGGCGGAUUGCCGGGUGGCGAUGGUGGUGUCAACUCCCUCGACCAGCUGAAUGCCAUGGAGAAGUCACUCAGCGAUCAGAUGCCCCACACCCCGCACACCCCUGGAGCGGCCAGUCAUCCGAUGACGCCCGGCGGACCGCCCAGCGUAAGCAGCUCCCACAACGAACCGAUCAGCGGCGGUACGCCCAACGCCAACGGAAGCGGAAGUGGCAGCAACGGCAGCGGCAACAACAACAGCAGCACGGGCCACAACUCGCCACAGACGCCGGGCACGCCCAGUCGAAUGGGAGGCGGCGGUGGCGGCGGCAUGGGUGGAGCUGGUGCAGCAGACAGCCAGCAGCAGCAGCAGGAGCAGCUCCUCAACUCCCUGAUGAGCAGUCAAACCCAGCUGAAGUUCAGCGAAAGCGAUCUGAGUGCCGAGCUGCAGAGCUUCGAUGCGGCGGCAGCGGCCAUAAACGAUACAGCCCACGAUCUGAAUCUGCUGCAGGAUGUGGACCCCAUGGAGAUCCUGUCCUAUCUCGAUCCCCAGCCCGAUCUUAACACGCCGCCCUCGAGUGGCAGCAGCAACAACAACGCCAGCGACGACUUGCUGGCCACGUUAUUCGAGUAGACCCGAACAGGAGAAAGGGUAGCUGGGUAGCUGGGAGAGAGUUGGAGAAUUGAAGUGGCAGAAAUACCAUAAAUUGUAUAUAGUAUUAUUAAUUUUAAUGAAAUGUGCACUAGACGCCAGUCGCGUACUUCAACCAACAUUUUCGUUUCCUCACACAAACCAACAGCAGCAACAAGUAAACAUACACACAAAAAACAAACAAAAAAAAAAAAACAAAUGGAUAAACUAUUACAAACAACACACUGGAUGAGAAAUCGAAACGGAAAUUUGAAUUUGCCCGUGUUGAAAAACAAUGAAAUGUGAUUUAAAAAUUAAUUAAUUAAAUUAAUUGGCAUUUAAUUUAAAGCUAACUGAGAAAAACCCAUAAAAAUUACAAAAAAAAAUGCACACACUAAAGCGUAAAAGAAUAACAAACAGUCAUUAUACCAUAUAAAAAAUUUAAAAAUAUUUCAAUCAGUUGAGAGCAUGAAAAUUCCUUCAAUGAAAUUUACGAAUUUAAAAUGCAGCAGAAAGUCCUUUGUUCGUUUAUUUGAAGAUUACAUUUUUUGUUCGCCUUAUCCCAGACUUUUGUUGCAAAAUGUUUCUUGUUCAUUUACAAAGUAUUAAAAAAAAAAAAAGUACUAAAUCAGCAACAACAAAAUAUGAGCAAAGAAAAACAAAAACGAAAAUCAAGAAAAGAGAAACGAGAAACACAAAAUACAUACAAGUGAAAUCCCAACAAUUUUAUUACAUUUAUAAAAUGAAAACAUUUACAUUUUAAUUGUUGCAUAAUUUUAAUUAUUUUUUAAAGCCUAUCUACAUAUUAAACGUAAAUGAUUUAGCUUGGUAAAUGAUAAACGAAAUUUAACAGACCAGCGGAGGAAAUAUUAAGAAAAUAUUAACUAUAACGAACAGAAAGUAAAUGUGUACAAUUAAGUGACAAAGCAAAAAUGCAUAAUUAGUGGAUGAGAGAAACAAACUAUUAAAAGUGUAAAUCAAAUUUAAUGCUAGAUCUAAAAUAUAUUGUAUAUAUUGGAUAUGUAUGUUAUAUAUGCGGCAACAACAAAAAACACAACCCCUCCCCCAAAAAAACACACAAAAGCUAAUUAAUACAUUUAAAUAAUGAUAAUAAUAAAUGAAGAAAACAAAAAGUAUUUGCAAAACUAACAUUACAGUGUUAUAAUUUUGUUUGCGUUUUAUUUCCACACACAAUUCCCAACCAUUUUUUUGGAUUUUCUCUUGAGUUCCGAUUUGAGUUCGUCUAUACGUUUCGUACGAUGUGGUUAACAUGGACCAAUUUUUAUAUACAAAUAUAUAUGUAUAACACCCACACACCGACGAGUCUUUGAAUAGAGUAUAUACGCGAACUAUAUAUAACGGAAAAUAUAUAUAUUCAUGUACGUAUCUGAUAUGAUAUUCAAAUAUAGCGAAAUUUUUAAGCUUUGCCUCGGCUAAUUCCCCGUUCAGCGCUUAACAAAACGAAAGAAAAAUAUCGAAGAAAUCGAAGAACUCGAAAAUUUACGCGAAAUCGCCUCGAUGUGGUAGUUAAAUGAAUCUCAAAUCUCUUCUCAAUGUUAUCAAAAAAAAACACACGUAAUUAAAUUAUUAUAUAAACACGUAUAUCCAAAAGCGAAAAAGAAACAAAAUUCGUAGUGGUUUCAUUGUAAAACAAUAUUUCAUAAUGAUUAACGAACAAUUUAGCUUCAAGAUUUCGAUAUUCCAGUUCGAUUUCUUCUCUCGCUUAAUGAAAUGAUAAUGAUAAUGAAAAUGACACGAUUAAUGAUUAACGAUAACAAUAUCGAUAGGCAGUUGGGAUGCGCAAAUGUGAUUUUAUUCAAAAUAAAAUACACAUAACCAUGAUUACAAUUAAUGAAGAUUUUUAUUUGGAUCUGUGGGAUCGUUCGCUGGAACUGGCUGCGAAGGAAGAGAGUUGUACAUACGAAUAUUUAACUAACGUAAUCUUUAUGAAUGAACAUGGUAUAUAUCUGAUUAUAUAUAAUAUGUUUAAAUUUAGUUCAUAAGCUGUAAUUUUAAACGAUGGAACAAAAGCAAAUACACAUUAAAUAAUAUGAAGAGAAAUAAACCAAA